GUUAUUGUUUUACAUUUGAACAUGAUUUAAAGUGUAGUUACGUAUUGUGUAUUGAGUGAUGGAACAAGUGAACUGACAUAGUAUUAUAUUGGGAAAAUAAUUUACGAUAGAUCUCUAUAUCUAUUACGGUUGAUGUAAUUUUUCAGGAAGUAUAUGCAUGCAUUAUGUAUCAGAGGUUUAUAAUACAACGUCUAAAGUAUUGUUCGAAAGUAAAGGUGAGAUAUGAAGCAUUAUCAUUGUGUGAAUCGCGAAACUUUUAUUGUGGAGUGGUUAAUAAUAGCACAAGUGGGAAAAAAAUGAAACCAAAACUGAACUAUGAAUAUUUGUGUGACCCUCAGAAUUUGAGUCAUAUAGAAAAGUUAACUCUCUUAAGAAAAGGUGUAGGAGAUAUAAGAAAGAUUAUUGAUUUGUAUAACAAGAUGAAAAGUCUUCCAGCUGAUGCACAAGAGAGGGAACUGUUAGAAGAAGAACUGGAGAAAGAAGCUUCUUUGAUCCCAAAUGAUGCAAGUCCUCACCUGUUUGAAUAUGGUGAGGAGCCAAGACUUAUUGAAUUUGUUAAUAAGAAGCCUGAAUUUGAUUUUGAACCCAAAGAACUGCAUGAAAUUGGCCAGAAACUAGAUAUCCUCCGCACAGAAAACCUUGGUCUCCUGAAUGGAUCUCGCAGUUAUUUCUUCAGAGGAGCUCUUGCUGACUUAGAGCAGGCACUUAUAAGGUAUACAGUUUCAUAUUUAGUGAAGCAAGGAUUUACCCUUAUGUCAGUUCCAGACCUGCUUUAUUCCAGCAUUAUUGAAAGCUGUGGCAUGAGCACUAGAGGAGAACGAACUCAGGUAUACCGAAUUGAGGGGUUAGAUGAUGUAUGCCUUUCAGGAACAGCAGAAAUGGCAAUAGGAGGGUAUCUCAGAAACAGACAGUAUUGUCUUAAUGAUCUUCCUUUAAAAAUGGCUGCUGUUUCACGGUGCUACAGGGCUGAAACCUCAAAUUUACGUGAAGAGAGAGGAAUAUAUAGAGUGCAUGGUUUCACCAAAGUGGAAAUGUUUGGAGUAACAGCCUCAGAAAGAGGAGACGAAAGUAAAGAUCUAUAUAAUGAGAUCAUCCAAAUCCAGAGAGAAUUGUUUUCUAAACUGGGAGUCCAUUUUCAGGUUUUAGACAUGCCUCUCAAUGAUUUGGGGGCUCCUGCAUAUUCUAAGGUAGACAUUGAAGCUUGGAUGCCAGGAAGAAAAGCAUAUGGAGAAAUAUCUUCAGCUUCAAAUUGCACAGAUUUCCAAAGCCGUAGACUGAAUAUAACUUACAGAAAUGACCAUGGAGAGCCAAAGUUUGUACACACAGUGAAUGGAACAGCAUGUGCCAUUCCUCGUAUGCUGAUUGCCUUGUGUGAAACAUUUCAGUCAGAGGAUGGGACAGUUACCAUCCCUCAAAUUCUACAGCCUUACAUUUCUGGAUUGGAAAGUAUUAAAUUUUAUGAUCAUACCCCAUGCCGGAUGACAUGGAUUAAACGAAAGACAUAUACCGGCAAAAUUGUAUAAUGGAAAUGUUUUACAUGCAGAGUACAUAGAAAUAUUUAAGCAUAUCCCAUUAA